AUGAGCUGCCUACGAACAAUCCUUGGCCUGAAUCUUGGAGAUCGUGUGCCAAAUGCAACAAUGCUUCAGCUAUCUGAUCAACCAGGCAUCGAAGAUCUAAUACGCCGUAACAGAUUGAGGUGUGUUUUACCCUACAGCGAAAGGUAACGAGUCUAUCUAUCAACAUAUAUUUACAAUAGUGCCUUCAAUCUAGUUACAUUAUGCCCCUGGAAAACAUCAUCCGUUUGAACUCAAAUUUUUACCACAGAUGCUUCGGACUCUAUUUCAGCUUCUAAAACUUUGCAGCCUUUUCGAUUUAGCUGCUUACGAGGGAAUCGUCCGAGGUGAUACCCUCCGUUUCUAAUGAGUUAUACCUCAAUCGAUAGAGUAUAUCGAGCUAAUAAAAAGCCUAAAAGGAUUCGGGCCCAAUACUCUUGAAGAUCCGGUUUUCUGGAAAACCAGUUUUUCAGAAACUCUAAAAAAUAAUCAAAACCUUUGCUUAGUAAAAGAUGAUUGUAGCCUGCACAUUUCUGAUUAAAAUGAGACAUCUCCCAGCUCUACACGACCUUUCUUUGCAAAGUUAUAGAAUUUACAAGAAAAGCCCU